AUGACAAACAACUCAGUGCUGAGUAUUGGUAAUGGGAGUAUCACGAAGAAACGUAAACUCAACAGCGAUGAUGCCACCGAAAGCUCUAGGAUCAGUAUCGAACGGUCUGAACGAUCUCAAUCAUUUCCAGCGGAGAAGCAGGCGAAGUUGGCACUUACUGAGGCUUCACCACCAGCCUCUGACGAGACCCACGAAGCACGUGAAGAAUCCUUCGCGGAUCUAGGUAUCAUUGAUCCGCUCUGCGAUGCCUGCGCCGCUCUCGGCUACAAAACGCCUACUCCUAUUCAGAAAGAAGCUGUCCCGCUGGCCUUGCAAGGCCGCGAUGUCAUUGGGCUGGCUGAAACAGGAUCUGGGAAGACAGCUGCGUUUGCUCUUCCAAUAUUGCAAGGUUCACCUGCAAGUGCACUCAUGGACAGACCCCAGUCUUACUUCUCGCUCAUUCUCGCUCCCACUCGUGAGCUUGCCUAUCAAAUAUCACAAGCUUUUGAAGCACUCGGCUCUCUCAUCAACGCACGCUGUGCUGUGUUAGUAGGAGGAAUGGACAUGGUACCGCAAUCCAUCGCCCUUGGCAAGAAACCACAUAUAAUCGUCGCGACACCAGGCCGCCUUCUUGACCACCUUGAGAACACCAAAGGCUUUUCCCUCCGUACCCUGAGAUAUCUUGUCAUGGACGAAGCAGACCGACUUCUCGACCUUGACUUCGGCCCCAUAAUAGACAAGAUCCUUAAAGUGCUCCCUCGCGAAAGGCACACAUACCUCUUCUCCGCAACCAUAAGCUCGAAGCUUGAAUCCCUCCAGCGUGCGUCCCUUACGAACCCUGCCCGUAUCUCCAUAAGCAGCAAUAAAUAUCAAACCGUUUCCACCCUCCUACAAUUUUACAUCUUCAUCCCCUACAAAGACAAAGAUCUCUACCUCAUCCACCUCGUCAACGAGCACGUAGGGCAGACAACCAUCAUUUUCACACGAACUGUGAACGAGGCGCAACGUCUCGCCAUCCUACUCCGUUCGCUUGGGUUCAGCGCUAUUCCCUUGCACGGCCAGCUCUCCCAAUCCGCUCGCCUAGGUGCGCUAGGAAAAUUCCGCGCUCGAACGCGAGACAUUCUCGUCGCUACGGACGUCGCUGCUCGCGGUCUUGACAUUCCAAGCGUCGACCUCGUGCUGAACUUUGACUUACCACCGGACAGCAAGACGUACAUUCACCGCGUAGGACGAACAGCCAGAGCAGGAAAAUCCGGGAAGGCGAUUAGUAUGGUAACACAAUAUGAUGUGGAGAUAUGGCAGCGGAUAGAAGCGGCACUCGGUAAGAAGUUGGGGGAGUUCGCAACAUCGAGGGAGGAGGCCAUGGUGCUCGGGGAGAGAGUGGGCGAGGCACAGCGGCUGGCGAUCAGGGAGAUGAAGGAUCUUCAUGAAAAGAGGGGUGGGAAGGGUGCGACGCUCAGAGGGAGAAGAACCCCUGGAAGAAAGAGGGGACGAGAUGAGAUGGAUCGAGAGGAAGGCUAG